AUGAAAACCUAUCCAGAAAAUUUCCGUGUAUCCCGAGCCCUCCAGUGUGCCAACACAGAGCUUAGUAUUUUCUCCCAUGAGCUUGGUGAAAUGGUUUCAAUAGCAUACCCAAUUAACAGAGUCACCAGGGAUCGUAUUCUCGCUCGCCAGCUCAAGGACUGGGUUCUCCGUCGCAGGGUUAUCUGGGAGUGCUUUUGUGCUCUCGUGAUGGAGCAAUGCACUCCAAUCUGUGUGAUUUGGUGUUCAACACCCAAUGGACAUGUAGAACUUUUUCCAUACUUCGAGGAUUAUUGCGGCACCCCAACAAACUCAGCAUUGGUACAGCCUCAGCGAGGUGGCGCUGUUCGUACUCGUCGUCAAUUUUCAGCUACACAUAAGAUAUUACUACAGCAUCAAAUCCGCCGCCCAUCCAUCACUCUCAGGCUCCCUAGUGUUGCUGAUGAUACACACAUCGAGCUCGCAAGUCCAACAUCUUUGAAGGAGCAGGACGUAUUGCAUUCACUUGCAGAGGGCAGAGGGAUAACACCCUACGAGCAUAUUGGGCUGUUAGAGUUGUGUGGAAACUGUCAACAAAUGUUUGCAGCGAGUGCAUUGCGGGCACACAUAUUAACGUGCUCAAAAGAUUGA